AUCUCUCCCAAAUAAAGAGGAGGCUUAGGAAGAGGAAGCAAAAAGUGGGAUUUUUGGUAGGUCCCAAGCCAAAUGAGAUUUGAAUGAUAUUUGCCAGGACUCAAGGUGUGUGUACCAAAAUCUUGCAAGCUGCUUUCUUGUAACCUCAGCUCUAAUACUCAAAAUCUCUUCAGGCUGUCUUUACUUGAGCAGGAAGACCUAAUGGAAUAAGUAUUUACAUGGGGUUUCACUGAUGUGUGAAUAGACUAAGGGAAGCUGGAGAUUUUUUGGUUUGAGACUCACUUUCUUUCCAAAGCUAGAGGCAGGGUUCAAGCUGGAAAAUUAAAUAUGAACUAUUCCUGGACAGUAAAAGCAAAGGAUUUUGGAAAGCAUGGGAUUAACAUAUAUCCUUUGACACACCACCCAGCUGCUUUGCCAACAUUUGUGUCUGUUUCUGUUGUAGCUCUCGAGCAGCUGCUCACAGAACUUGAAGAUUUUCUGAGGAUACUGGACAAGGAGAACUUGAGCAGCACUGCUGUGGUGAAGAAGAGCUUCCUCUCUGACCUUCUGAAAGUCUACACCAAGUCCAGUGGUGGUGAUGAGGAGUAUAUUUAUAUGAACAAAGUGACAGUCCAUAAACAGCAGGGUGACCAAGAGAAACAAGACAAAGUGCUGGAUCAGAAGAGCUCCCUGACCAAUGGAGACUCAGGACUGCAUUUGUCACCUCCUCAGAAGAGCCUGCCAGACCUCCCCCCUCCAAAGAUUCUCGAAACAAAACAACCUGCAGUCCCCAAGAUUGAAUCUCCAGAGGGAUAUUAUGAAGAGGCUGAGCCCUAUGACAUCUCUGUAAAUGGUCUUUUUGGUAGGCUUGCUGCGGCUGGACCCAGGCCAGGGUUGCAGGUUACUGAGGGCGUUAUUUAUGCCACAAUAACUAUGGAUGGUGAAGCCGUUAGUAGUUCCUACGAAUCUUAUGAUGAAGAAGAGAGCAGCAAAGGCAAGUCAGCAACCCAUCAGUGGCCAUCCCCAGAGGCCACCAUUGAGCUGAUGAAGGAUGCCCGCAUCUGUGCCUUCCUGUGGAGAAAGAAGUGGCUGGGACAGUGGGCAAAACAGCUGUGUGUUAUCAAGGACACCAGGCUGCUGUGCUACAAGAGCUCCAAAGACCACAACCCCCAGCUUGACGUGAAUUUGCUGGGCUGCACUGUCAUUCACAAGGAAAAGCAAGUGAGGAAGAAAGAGCACAAGCUGAAGAUCAUCCCCACGAACGCUGAUGUCAUCGUGCUGGGGCUGCAGAGCAAAGACCAGGCAGAGCAGUGGCUCAGGGUAAUCCAAGAGACCAGUGGGCUGCUCUGUGAAGGAGGCAGUGAAGGCAACCAGUACAUCCCAGACUCGCAGCGUCUCGGUUACCCAAAGGUGGAGGUGUCCGAGAGAUACUCUGCAGCCUCUGAGAGCGGGAGCAGCACUGACGGCCACAUGGAGACAGCUGAGACAAAAGAUGUUAAGAAGAAGGGCACAACUGGCCUGAAACUGAGCAACCUGAUGAACCUUGGGAGGAAGAAGUCCAGCUCCCUGGAUAGCCCAGAGAGAUCCCUGGAGACUUCAAGUUACCUGAAUGUGCUGGUGAACAGCCAGUGGAAGUCCCGGUGGUGUCAGAUAAAAGAUGGGCACCUCCAUUUCUACCAGGACAAGAACCGAAGCAAACUGGCUCAGCAGCCCCUGAGCUUGGCAGGCUGUGAAAUCAUCCCAGAGCCGAGCCCUGACCAUCUUUACUCCUUCCGCAUCCUGCACAACGGCGAGGAACGGGUUGUUUUGGAGGCAAAGUCCUCAGAGGAAAUGGGCCACUGGCUGGGCCUCCUCUUGUCGGAGUCAGGCUCGAAAACAGACCCAGAAGAAUUUACCUACGAUUACGUGGAUGCUGACAGGGUUUCCUGCAUUGUGAGCGCUGCGAAAAAUUCCUUCUUCCUAAUGCAGAGGAAAUACUCAGAGCCCAACGCCUACAUCGACAACCUGCCCAAGGGCAGGCUGCAGCAGGACGAGCUGUAUGACGAUGUGGAUCUGCCGGAUGUGCCUGUGGAAGAACUACCCAAGAGUGAGAGCAAAUUGGAGGCAGACCAAGACAGAGUGUAUCUGGAUCUCACCCCAGUGAAGACCUUACUACACUGUGCUGGCAAGAUGUCAUGCCAGUCUUCACCCCUCAGCUCACCCUCUCUAGAAAGGGCUGCCAGCAAGGCUGCCCCAGAGAGCACAGCUGAGACAGCCCCUGUGGCUAAGGAAGCUGAGCCCUGUACUAAGGCAGCAGAGACCUCGGAGCAGAAACACCCAGAGAAGCCAGAGCCUGAGGAGGUUCAGCCACGAGUGCCAGCUGUCAAAAUCCAGACCCAGCAGCAGAACAUUGCCUUCCCCCAGGUGGGCCCCGAGGUGCCAGCAGGCACAGUUCCAGCGGGCAGUCCCCAGCUGGGGCCUGCACACCGGCCCAAGAUGCCACUGCCAGCAGCAGCAGCAGUGGAAACCAAGCUGGGCAAGAACAGGACAGAGGCGGAGGUGAAACGGUUCACAGAGGAGAAGGAACGGCUGGAGAAGGAGAAGGAUGAAAUCCGAGCUCAGCUCACCCAGCUGCGCAAGGAGAGGCGGGAGCUGAAGGAGAUGCUUGGUGGCAGCACAGACAAGAGCCUGGAGCAGAGGCUGAAGGAGAUAGACGAAGAAUGCAAAAGGAAGGAAAGCCAGAGGGUGGACCUGGAGCUGAGCCUGGUGGAGGUGAAAGAGAACCUGAAGAAGGCAGAGUCUGGCCCAGUGACCCUGGGCACGGCCGUGGACACCACCCACCUGGAGAAUGCAGCCCCACGGGUUCAGGCAAAAAGUGCCAGUCCAGCAAACAGCGCAGAGAACUCCCCGGUCAAUUCAGCAACGGCUUUAAAAAACCGGCCUUUAUCUGUUAUGGUCACGGGGAAGGGAACAGUCCUACAGAAAGCUAAGGAAUGGGAGAAAAAGGGAGCUAGUUAGAAGCACAUUGUACAGAAAUGGACUAAAGACUCGAACUGCCCACGCAUGGCCCAGGGGAUUCAACCAUCUGUCUGUGGAGGUUGGGUGUUCAACACCACCACACACCAAGUGCCUCCUCCACUUCACGCCCACGGCUCAGAUGCAGCACUGGAGUCAACAGCUGCUGAUAUGAGUUAUCCCAAAAGAACUUGAUCUUUCCAGACAAAUCCCAAUCUUGUAGCUAAAACAAUAACAACCAGUGGCAAUCCUUCCAUCAAAGUCCUAACCCAGCUGAUGUAAACAAGAAUGUUACUGUA